AUGGUGUCAUACUCAGAUAUCAAGUUGAACAAUGAAUCCCUAGCCUCUGGCGGGAGCAGUCCAAUCGCCGCAUUUGUCGGUGGCACUGCCGGGAUUGGAUACGAAGCACUGCUGGCCUUAUUGCGAUACAGCAGCUCACCCACCAUCUACAUUGUCGGCCGCGGAGAGUCGCGCCUCAAUAGCCUGAUCGAAACAGCUCAAACGCUCAACGCCAAUGCAAAGCUGAUACCCAUCGUCGCCAAUGACUUGACCCUCGUCAAGGAUGCACAGAAGGCCGCAGAGCAAAUCGCCGCACAGGCUGACCACCUCGAUCUACUCGUCACGUCACAAGGCUUCAUCAGUUUCAGCUCCAAGCCAGAGUAUAGUACCGAGGGGCUCGACAAAGUGACGGCAAUCCGCUAUCAUUCGCGCUUCCGCUUCAUAAUCACGCUGCUGCCGUUGUUGCGCAAGGCACCCAGUCCACGAGUCAUCUCGGUGCUAGCAUCCGGACAGGAAGGCCCGCUGGAUCUCGAGGAUCUGGGCAUGACCAAGCCCGAGAAAUACGGCGUUUUCUACGCCGCCGGCGCGAGCAGCAGUCUGACCACGCUGGCAUUCGAGGAGCUGUCGAAGCAGAAGGAGAACGAGAAAAUCGUCUUCAUCCACAUCUACCCGGGCCUGGUCAGCACGGGGCUCCAGGCGGUCGGCGGACCGGCCCCGCUGACUUUCCUAUUCAACAACGUGCUCAAGGCCGUUUUCUGGCUGGUCGGAUAUACGCCACGUGAGGCUGGAGAGAGGGUGCUCUUCGCGGCCACCAACGGACGCUUCCGCAAGCUGCAGCCCGGUGCCACGGGUGAGGGGACCUUGAUCCAGGAGGGCAGCAAUGGCAGCAAAGGAAGCGGCGUGUAUCUGGUUCAGGGAAAUUCGAGUGUCGCGUCUGGUAAUGCCGAGUUGAAGAAGUUGAAGGAUCAGGACGCGGGGAAGAAGGUUAUCGAGUAUACACUCAACGAGUUUGAGAGGAUCUCGAAACUGUAG